AUGUCUUUUCCGGGUCCCUUCGAUCUGAAUAUAUUCUGGUCUAGUGAUCGAUCAUGUUGGGGAUAUGGGGAGAAGUUAUUUACGCCCGAAGCAACAGUUCGUAUCGAUCGAGUGUGGAGUUUCUCUGAACUUGAUAAUUAUGUGCACAGGCUGUUAGAAUCUGAGAACCAACAAAUACUUCCUCUGCAAUAUGUUUUAGUCUGCACAGAUGAGUACGGCAGAAGGGGGCAAGCGCCCAUAAGAGACGACGAGUCAAUGUCAUGGAUUUACCGAGGUGCCCAUUUGCGUCCAGCAUUGUACGUAGAGGUUGCAGAUGAACCUGUUCAAGAUGUUGGGGAAGGAACUACUGGUGGUCAGUAUGAUGGUGCAGGGAGUAGUGGUGUUGGUGCUGAUUCUUGGAAUCACAAUGCCUUCCUACAGCUGCACGAUUUGACACAGCAGGCAAUGACUGUCAGCAAGACAUCUGUUUGGGCUGAUAGUGAGAACCCAAGCCAAGAUUUUGUUCCAGCUGACCCAACCCAGGAGUAUAUCCCACCUAGGCCUCCCAGGACUGACCGAGGCGGCUUCCAGUUAGGGAGUGGGAGAAUGAGAAAACCUGUGGCCACCCAGAAUACCGGCGGGCAAUCUUCUACCCCCCAUGACUGA